UCAAUUCUUCCAAAACAGAAAUGUGUGUAAAGUUUUGCAGUCCAUUUCGCGAACCGAACGUUAGUGAAACAGCAGUUCCAGUGAAUCUUCACAGCAGACAGCACAGACCCAUACAGAGCUGUUGGCUGGUGUUGCUCAUAUUUUGUUUUUUCCUGCCUGACGAAGCGAUGGCCAACUCUACAAGCAGACAGCUGUUUUGUAUGUACAAAUCGCAGGCAACAGGAGCCGAAGAUUAUCAAAUCGAAGACAUUCCGAUCGAUCUCUGCACGCACGUGAUUUACUACGGGAGUUUCAUCGAUGGGCGGCACUAUAAGCUGAGUCCAUGGAAUGCACAGCACGCCUUCCAGGAGAAAAGAUACCAACAGUUGGCGGAUCUAAAAAAACGGCGGCCCGAUGUGAAGCUUUUGGUGGGCGUUAAGUGCACAAUCAAUGUUUGUGAAACGAUCGCUAAUUCUAACGACAACCGAGAAACGUUCAUAGAAAGUGCCAUAAAUCUUCUGAAGAAAUAUAAUCUCGAUGGAGUAGCGUAUCACUGGAUAUGGCGAAACCAACGCACAAAACACAAUUAUCCUACGUUGAUUGAAGAAACGAAGCAAGCAUUCAAGAGAGCAGGACGCGAAUCGUGGACUGUUUCCGUUAUUGGUCAAACAAAGGCGGAUGCCAUUGAGGACGGGCUCGACCAAGAGCGCACCUGCCAAGUGGCUGAUUUUGUUGUCAUUUCGGUACUUCGACGUACUUCGACGGACACGGACGUCCCGUCUCCGAAGAACAGACGAAGCUUCGACACACGAUUCAACGAGCGCUACAACGUCGUGGAAGCGACCAAACAUUGGAUCAACCGUGGGUGUCCCAGUGAAAAGAUUCUGCUUCAAAUUUAUUUUAGUGGCAUCAAAUUCGUGUUGGCUAACGCAGACGAUCACGGCAUUGAUGCUCCUAUCAAUCGUAAUUCUUCCGUGUUGCCGUCAUUCAUGGACUACAACCAAAUAUGCUCCCAGGUGCGGGAAGAGGGCUGGACAAUCGAUUGGGACGGGCAAAGUAUGGCCCCGUACGCGUAUCACGGUACAGAUUGGAUUGGUUAUGAGAAUGAAAAUUCUCUCGCCGAGAAGGCACACUUCGCGCACAGUGAGGGUUUAGGAGGGUUAGUGGUCGAUGGCGUGGAAAAAGAUGAUUACAAUGGAGUCUGUGGAAAAAGGUACCCUUUGCUGACAGCCGUCCGGGAGCAUUACAAAACGAACAGGGAGACUCAAGACAACUUUAUUGUUUUUGCCAUUGAACGCUCUUUUGUCUGAACGCUCUGUGUUUCCAUUUGUAAAAGAAUACACGUAAUCUGGCAGGACGACAGAGAAAUAUUAUAAGGGCUGAAGGAACUCCUGUGAAUUGCAAAAACACUGACAAAAUGAGCACGAACUCGAGGCGUGAAAUGAGUCGAGCACAGUAACAUCUCGGAAACAAAUCGUCAAUCAACACAGACGGGGUACAAAUCGAAAUUGUUGCUUGUUUUAGGACCCAACGGCCAGACGUUG